GUCGGGGAUUGUUUUAGGGGCUCGAGGUGCUCGCUUACUCUAUUCUCGAGCGGGGUACUUGGCAAGCCUCUCCCGAGAACUUGAACCUGGGGUGCCUUUAGGUACGCGUGUUGGGAAGCAUUCGGCGGACGCGGCAUGCAGCAAUCAAUGAAGCCAUAAAAUCACACAUGAGCACCGGCCUUUGCCGCAUAUACGAGUAGUAUUGGGCUAAGAGAACAUAUCCCAAGCACCGACAUCGGCUACGGUAAAAGCUAAGAGCAAGAUGAUCAUGGCCCUUAUAUAUGUUAGAUAUCCUUCUUCAGUAGCAAAAGCAACUCGAGAUAUCUGGUCAUCAACUUUCCUCCUCUCUCCAACCACCCGUCGCCGAAAAAUAAUCCACCAUUUCCCAGAUUUCAGCUUCACAAAAUGUCAAAGUCAAUUGUCAACACAGUGGCGUAUCCUUACAAGUUUGACACUAUAGGAACAAAGACUGGCUUUGGUGGGGAUCAAGCCCAAGAUUUAAAUCUCAAAAUCUCCAACGUCCGAGGGCGAAUUCCAUCUAUUCAGGCCGCCCGUCUGCGAACUCUGAUCAAAGAAGCGCACAAUGAUCCUGCCAAGAUUGUUGCUCAUGUGUGCAGUUACGACGCUCUGAGCUCGCGACUUGUCGAGGAAGCUGGAUUUCCGGUUGUUUUCCUUGCAGGAUAUGCUGUUGCGUCUGCUUUUGGCUUGCCCGACACUGGGUACAUUGCGUUUCAGGAGAUGGCGGGGAAGAUCCAGGAAACUGUUAGGCAGGUCAGCAUUCCAGUCAUUGCCGAUGGUGACACGGGAUACGGAAGUCCCAUGAACGUUCGGCGAACCGUCGAAGGAUUUGCAGCAGCUGGAGCAGCGGGCAUUAUGAUUGAGGACCAAACAUGGCCGAAGCGGUGUGGACACACAAAAGGAAAAUCUGUGGUAUCAAGAAGCGAAGCAUACGCCAGAAUCCAAGCUGCAGUAGAUGCAAGAAACGAAGGUCUGGAUAUCUGGAUCUUGGCGCGGACCGACAGUUUGAUUCUUGGCUAUGAUGAGGCUCUCACCCGAGCUCGCAAAUUUAUUGAGAUUGGUGUUGAUUGUGUGUUUGUCGAGGCAUUGCCAGAUCGUGCAACAAUGGAGAGCAUGCGGAAGGAUCUUGACUUUCCUUGCCUUGCGAACAUCAUCGAAGGCGGCAAGACUGAGAAUAUCUCUGCAAGUGAGCUCGCUGGACUGGGAUAUUCGGCGGUGGCUUAUCCAUGGACUCUUGUAGCAGCCAAGCUCAAGAGUAUCAGAGAGACCCUCGAAAACAUCAAAGCAUCAUUCACGGUUGGUAAGCCUCCCGUCGUUCUGAGUUACGAUGAAGUGUGCGAAGGUGUUGGUUUCAACAAGUACUACAAGCUAGAAGAAAAGUACCAAUAUGAGGGAUCGAAAAACGGUAGCAAUGGGCAUCAGUGGGAUUAAUUUUCAACGUUGGGAACUUUGGACAUUUAUAGUUUUAACAAACAAUAUGCAUCAUUAUAUUCAUCACCUGCC